AGCUUACUAGUUUUUCCAGAGUGACGUUUGUUCAAGAGGACACGAAUACGUGUGAACGCCCCAUGCAAUGCUGUAAUGUACAAGUGCAGAACGCAAUCAGCUAAUAAAGGAAACGAACACCACGGACCGAUAAAACGACACAACGAGGAGAAAUAUGCCAUAAACGACAUACUGAAUAGUGAGCCAUUUUUCCUUUAUGUCGGCCCAGCUCCCAUAAACAACCUAAAACUGACCUCACCACAACAAAUCCCUCUCACAUCUCUCUCUCGGCUACUGUACACAAAGACAGACGCCUCCAAUGCCCUCUGUCCAAUCGGCCUGCCUUCCUAGUCCACAACGACCAGCCCGUCGUAUCUCUUGUCCAUGAGUGUGCUCAGCAUCACCCCCUUCGGCGUGAAGUCCUCCAGCCGCCCAUCCAGGAAGGCCGACAGCAGGUGGCCCGAGAAACCCGACAGCAUCGCCACGUUCUCCUCGUCUGACACGGCCGGCUUGCUGCCGGACGCACGGAGGUUCCAGAAGACUAUCUUGGGCAUUGGGUAGCCAGCCAAGGCGUAUUUCUGCUGAAUGAGGUACAGGUCGGUAGCUCCUUUGAACUGAGGGCAUGCUUGGUCGAACUCCCUGAGACCAUGUCAAUAUUGGUGUGUCUGUGAGGUGCGCCUCAGUGCGUUCGUACAUGUCGCUGAAGAUGAAGAGCUGCUUGAUCAUAUUCUCUGGCGGAACCUUCUUGUCAAUCGCACGCUUCAGCAGCAUGUCGAACACCAGCUGAUGAGAGCAGAGACGCCACAUUGAGAGAAGAGCGUCCACCCGUGUGUGUCCAUCCCUCCAUCUGUCUUACUUGCAGGUCGGUGUUCAUCAUCCAGUCCAUGCGCAUCACCGACUGCACCUUCUCCUUCAGCGUCACGUUCCCCUCGACCCAGUGGAAGGCAGGCGUCUGGCUGAAUGUGAUGAGGGCGUUACGCCAGGGCUCCUCGGAUAUCUCAGCGGUCAGCAGGCCGAGAGCGAUGGCCACCUGGAUGGGCGUCCCGUACAUGGACCCGCUCACAUCAACUAUCGCUAUCGAACUCGAUCUGCAUCAAGACAUCCACAGACACACACAGGGGGAGAGGGAAGGGAAUCCAUGUUCAUUGAGCAGCUGCAUGAACGUGGGUGCGAGGUGCUCACAGUCCCUGGCCGCCACCUUUCUUCUUGAGGUCGUCGACAUAGCGCUUCCACUGCUGCUCGUUGGUGUUCUCCUCUGCGACGCUGCCGUACUCGUAAUGGUUGAGGAACGGCGCGAUCAGCUCAUGCGGCCGCAGAGCACCGGCCGCGAUGGUCUCAGUGCCAGUCUCAACUGCUCCCAGAAACCUGCGAGUGUGGACAUAGACAUACGUCGGCAAGACGAGAGAGGCUCUGGCUGCGUGUGUGUGCACUUACUCGUUGAAUCGUUCCUCGUCACGUCUGCAGCACGCAGUCAAAGAAAAUACACACAUUUGUAUGGAGACAUGCAUCUUCCCGUUUGUGUGUGUGUGUGUGCGUGUGUGUAUGGAUGCGUGCAAGCGCACUCACUUGUUGAAUGUCUUCUUGUAGUUGCGCAUAGCAAUGGACGGCACCCGCGAGUAGGGGAUCUCAGACCACGUCCUCGCACUCAUGUAACACUCGCACACCUGACUCGCAGCACGUAGCGGCGUCAGGUACCGCUUCCGAUAGUUGUCCAUCACGUCAAUCAGGGUCACAUUUUCCCUCUCGCCUUCAUCCACCAGUUGGAAGGCAAUUGUCGUGGCCAGGCCUGAGACGCAGUCGUGAGAUUGUCCGAUCGACGGCGCCCAUUUGCCGCACAGCGAGACGGAGCGGUUGUUGUUCAUGGCCUCGACGUCUUUGCGCAGCUGGGCUGCGUAGAGGCUGGCCACUUCCUGUCGUAGCAUGGUGGUCCAUGAGUCGGUCAGUUUCUCGGUCAGGCGCUGGUGCCGCUCUGCUCGCUUCUUGUAGCGGGCUGAGAGAGAACGAGACGCGCGUGAUGGAUGGAUGGAUGGAUCUAUUCUUCCUAUUUAGUCGUGCGUUGGCCUGCUCCAGCGCCUGAUUGGCCGCGAUCCUUGAUCGAUCCCACUCGCACCACUGCCCCCAGCGAUACUCAAACUCCUCAACGCUGCUCGUCGUCUCGUUGAUCAGCGCCGUCGUCUCGUUCAGCAUCUCUCUGCGGGCACGCUUGCGCUUCAAUCGGCGGAUAUACGACCUGUACUUCGCCUCCUUUCGCUCGUAGAAGUUGGCGUUGUCGUGCUCGCGUCUGUCGCGGUAUGGCUGGAUGCCGGCGAUGGCAAUGGUGACGAGGUCCGCUGGUGCCUUCCAGGAGGAGUGGAUAGGGAUGUGCGGCAGAUUGGCGAGCAGAGUCUGACGGAAUAUCGAUGGACAGAGAAAGAGAGAAAGGCCAACAGACGGAUGAUGCAUACACGUAAAGGGCAAAUUUUUACCUUUGGAUGGUUCUCCCACAGCCUGAGGACAGACACACAAAAGACUCAGCAAUCAGUCAGUCAUCCAAUGUGGGCGGGCUGACCAGACAAGGGCCUCAUAGAGAUUGGGCCUGUCCGAUUUGCCGUGUCUGGGGUCGCCGAGAUGGAAGAUGGCACGGAGGGUGGGUGUCGCGUUCGCCUGCCAGGCAGCCGCUAGCAUCUCGCGCAUGGUGUCGUGGUCAAUCCCGGGCACACUGCAAACACAACAGAUUCAGAUGCAUGGUGCUGAUCACCUCUUGCUCUUGUUCUUGUUUCCGACCACUCGAAGAAGAAGUCGAGCGUCGGAUCGGAUGUGCUGCUGUAGGUCCAUCCUUCGUUCUCUGCAUGACCAGGGACACCAUUGGACACACCCGCCGCAUCCAUUCAUCGAACGAACCGCUGACCUGUCGUGGUGAUGAGUUCUGGGUGCUUGAUGUUGGUCGGGGGCUGCACCAGCCAGUCAAUCGACGGCUGCGCAUCUUCCGUGUCGUAGCCGUACAGAUCGUCAGCUAACGUGCCAUACUGGGGGUGGUGGUUAGCAUACUCGUACAGCUCAACGGCCGACGGCUCAUCAGCUGUCUGAGCAUGGCGAUGCGUCCGAGCGCUGACGACAGAUCUUCCCUUUCCGAGCGGCCGGAGAGAUGGAUGUCGAAAGCCAAAGGAAGAGGCUAGAAGGCACAACCACACCAGAAACGCCAGAGGCGGGCUGAUCAUGAGUGCAUUCAUCUCGCGCGUGUCGAGGUGUCGAGGGACGAUGUGUUUUGUCGCCGGCAGAGAUCUCUGGAUCAGGGACCUUGAUGACACCGGAAUUGGAUGACAAGAGCCACAAGGGACCGGGAAGGAAGAAGGCGGA